CAGGUCGACGCCUGGCGGCCCCUGGGCGACGGCGCCGGCACGGAGCGCGCGGGCGACAGCGCGCAGCGAGACAGCGCGGAGACGCACGCGCGGCACCGGCAGCGGGCGAAAGCCGUGCUCGACGCCGCGGUCGCGCUGGGCUACGCAAAGAGCGGCGAGCAGUGCGCGAACCGCACGGAGGACUGCGCCGACUUAUAUCCGAACGACUACUUCGAUUUCGUGUACGUCGACGCGUCGCACGAUCGAAUUGAUGUACUCAUGGAUUUGCACCUCUGGUGGCCAAAGGUUAAAAAUGGUGGCGUCCGUGGUCUGCGUGGAAUCAAAUUUUGUCACUGCGACUGCUCGAUGGCGUGGAGCACAACCGAACUCGCGCAGGUCAUGGCCGGCCACGACUAUACGGAGCAUCGCGAGCCGGCGCCGCACGCGUGGGCCUACGGCGCACCAGACGACGAUGCGUGGCCCGAGCCUUUUGAUGGGGAUCAUGCCGUGUCCGUCUCGAUCGAUGAUAAAGGAGAGCAACCCGUCGAGACGCGGUUCGGCGAAUCUAGGGUCGACGCGGCGCUCCGCUUCCUCGAGGGCCGCGAUUUGUCGGGCGCGGGCUGCGCGCGGGGCAACCAGACGUGCAUGGCCGAGGCCCUCGUCGCGAUGGACUGGGCGUCGCAGUAUCCCGUGCGCGAGUUUCAUGAGGGCGGCUUCACCGACCCAUGCUUACCCGCGUUCGGGGUCAACGGCUGCGGCAUGGCGUUCGACCCGCACACGGCGGGCGAGGACUGGUCCAAGCACCCGCGGGCGGUCCGCGGCGCCGUCGACGACUUCUUCUCGGGGACGGCCUACGCCGCGCCCGACCUGCAGAAGUGCCCGCGGCAGGUCGUCGUGACGUACCGUGAGCGGGGGUGGAACUCGUGGAUGGUGGCUAAGUAG